AUGGCUUUCCUGAGCGACGAAAAGAAAUUGGAAAUAAUCACAAAAUUCUUACUAGAUAGUCCUCCAGGAGAAGUUAAUGAUGUAUUUAAUGACGUUAGGUCGCUUAUGAACAAUCCCGUAGUUUUUCAAGAAGGCAUCCUUACGGCUUUAGAACAAUAUAACACGGAACAAUUU